GUUCACUGGUAAUCAAAAUGGCUGACAAAAUUCGAGUGAAAUUGUUCCUGUGAAUAGAAAUCUGGAGAUCUUUCUGAGGGUUUUAUUAGUUAGUUGAUAAGUAACCAUGACGACAAUUUCACAGAAGACGUUAUUAGAACUUGUCAAGGAAAAUGACAGAGAUACUGGCUCUGACGGAGAAAGGCAUUCCAGCGAAGAAACAACAAUGGAAGAAAAACAAAACAACGAAGCGACGACAGCGACACCGCCGCAGACGAUACCAACGCCGUCAGGCUCUGGGGACGAAAGACCAGCAACGCCGCCUUCCACUGCCAGUAAGUCUGACUUGCCGAUAUUGAGAGAAGAUAUAACAGAUGAGAGUACGCAAUCCUUGGAUGAUAGCACUGCCCACCCACAAUCUAGAAUGAGCCCUGAAGCCAGUAAAGACUAUUUUUCAAGGUCAUUUGAUGACAUUAGCGUCUUAGAUAAGUCUGAUAAAUCAUCCAGCAACGAAAAAAUACCUGACAUGUCAUCAUCUAAGGGAGAAAAGGACGGCUCCAAGAGCGGUAAAGGAUCUAAUAAAAAAAGUUCCAACAUUAGCUGGUAUAAUGUUUGGAACACCAGUUACAAAGCAAAAUGUGAAGAUUUUAGAAAGAUUUUUGGUAAACAUAUUCCAGACACAGAAAGACUUGUUGUAGAUUAUUCCUGUGCAUUACAGAAAGAUAUUCUAGUACAUGGACGUUUAUAUUUAACACAGAAUUGGCUUUGUUUUUAUGCCAAUAUAUUUAGAUGGGAAACUUUGAUAACUGUAAAGUGCAAAGAUGUGACAGCAAUAACCAAAGAAAGGACUGCCAGAGUUAUUCCCAAUGCAAUACAGUUGUGUACGCAUACAGAGAAGUAUUUUUUUACUUCGUUUGCUUCUCGAGAUAAAACCUUUAUGAUUUUGUUCCGGUUAUGGCAAAAUGCACUUCUUGAUCAGGCAAUGUCACCUCAGGAUUUCUGGACAUGGGUUCGUAUGAACUAUGGAGAUGAAGUAGGUAUGGAUUCAGAAGAGGUCAUUGAACCAUACAAUGCAGGUACACCGAAUGACAGUAGAGAUGAAGGUGCUUCUGAUGGGAGUAUCAGUAUGGAAAAUGGUAUUGUGAAUAGGAAAGCUGGUCAAGCACUAAGUCUACCAUUGGAGAAGCAGGAUUUGUCACCUGAGUCUCCAAGCAAUAGAGGAAUGACUAAUGAUUCAUUGCAGGAUAGUAGUUCCUUUUUACAAACGCCGUCAUAUGCUGCUGAUGAAUCCUCUCUGAACACAACAGAGUCGGAAUGCAUUAUACAACCUCAAGAAAUCUCCAUGGGAACCCCUCCUGUUAAGCUUUCCCCAGAGAAGUCUACAAAAACACAGACCAAAGCGCUGCCGUCACCUUCAGUGAAUGAUAGGGGAAUAUUUGGUCAGAAAGAUAAAGAUAAGACUUCUGACAACUUGCCAACUGAUGAGAGUGACUUCACAGAAGGAGAAGGUGAAGUGAUUUGUCCAUGUACUGAGCAUCCUGGACGUAAAUGUGUCAGUGAAGUCUAUGAUUUCCCAGUCGAUAUCCUUUUUGAUAUGCUCUUUGCUGAUAAACAUACUUUCUAUAAGGACUUCUUGGAAGCCCGGAAGACAACAAACAUUGUCAUGUUCUCAUGGCAAGAUGUUGACAACAACAAGAUGGUGCGUACCAUGACUUAUACACUAACACUGUUUGCAUCGUUUGGACCCAAGACUGCAGAAUCUACUGAAGUUCAGACUACUUACAAAGAUGUUUGUAAAGAAGGUCAGUUGUACGUGGUAGAUACAGAGGUGGUUAACCAUGGUAUUCCAUAUGGGGAUAAUUUCUAUGUUGCAAACAGAUAUUGCUUAACCAGAGUCUCAUCUACACAGUCAAGGCUAAG